AUGCAGCUCCACCUUCUCCUCUCAGCCCUGUUUACCUUUCUCACUCAUUCUUUGGCCUGGCUCUAUCAGUAUCCGCCUAAGCAUGUUCCGGAUCAACGAUCUCCCAGCGGAGCUAAGGGCCCUUAUCAUCCGCACAGCCGCGCUCAUUCCUGGUUCGAGACACAACUUGCUUCUGGUCUCAAGACUGACUGUGCACAGACGUUCUUCAUCCUGGCCAUCCCCAUCCUCUAUGAAGCUCCUCACGUUGCCAAAGCCGGCUCCUUCUUCCUCCACACGGCGGAAACUCCACCUCCAGGAUUCUCCAGCUUUACGACGGAAGAGCUCGUCAAGCGCGGCUUCACCAAGUAUGCGGCUCUCAAGCACGUCCGCCACCUCAGUAUCGUCGACCCAGCCUAUGCUGUCUCUCGGUACAACGCCCACGACGGACCCAUCGUCCUGCGGCCGGAGCCGGAGUUUAUCACAUCGUUGAAGCUCGCCACACCCCUAUUGGAAUCGCUACCGCCGCUCAUGAUGCCGUCCUUGCAAACGGUACGCGUCGUCGGUGAGCGCUUCCCCUCAUACAACUACUUCGCGUCCAUGAGAGUGUGGGAGGAGUUCUUCGAGGUCCUAAUGGAACGGAUGCAGCCUCGAGCAUGGUGCAUGAUCCCCGGCAUCUUGCUCCGCAUCGCCACCCGCAUAAUCAAAUUCUCCAUUCACUCGACCACGCCCUUCGAUCUACCCGUUCUCCACCUCCAUGACGAUAUCGCACGGUGUCUUGCCCGUGACUUCAGGCUGGCCUGUGAGCCGCUUCCGGGCAGUACAACCUACAUCCACCUCGGCGGCGAGCGGGACAACUCGCUAGGGGAUCUGGGGCCAGACCAUUACAUCUAUGGUCUUGACGGGAUAGCAGACCAGGAGCGGUGCAAGAAAGAAAUCCUCGGUUCGGCCGACUCGAUCCAGUCGGCGAAAGACGUCGAGAAGGACCAAGAGGACGGGAAUGUCGACGAAGGCGACGAGGACGAUGAUGCGUGGGACCUUCCCCGCGACCGGCUAGAGGACAUCGUCGAUCGAUCUCGCAUCGUCAUCACCACCCCACUCCCGGCCGGCGCAGACCCUUCCUCCAGUGCGGCAACCCUCGGGGAGAUGCAGCGUAUAUUGAUGGAAGGACUGGUGGAGGGAUUCAGCUGCGAGAGGCCGACGUGGGGGUGGAUGGUCCGGCGGCUUCAGGUCGAGGUCAGGCUUCAUGAGGGCGAGGGUCCAGCUUGUUCAACAUAUCGCCGCACCUCCCCUCCUCUAUAG